CAAGUAGGAGUAACCUUUCUCUCAUACACUCUCUUUCACUCUCUCUCCAGGUGAGGCGCCGACGUUAGCUUCUGAAUGUGGAGUCCUCUGCUGCCCUGGUGAAAGAGGACAAGAAGGCCGACAGGAUGAAGGAGGAGAAUUUGUUCCAUCGGAGGUUGUCCCUGUGUCCCACCCCCACCUCCCCACCUAAAAUCGACACCCGCGCCUUGACCCGAAACCUGUCCUAUGGGGGGGACAGUGAUCUUUACCCUCUCAGUCCAGGAAGUGAGUCGGAGAGGAACGGCCUAUCAAUGCUGAGUGAUGAACUUAGUCCCGCCCAGUCACCCAGCAGCAAGUCUGAGUCCAAGAUGUUUAACGGGCUGGAGAAAGAGUGCUCCUCUCCCACGGAAAAGCUAGCCCGGAAAGAGUCCCUCAAGGUCCAAAAGAAGAAUUACCGACAGGAGAAGAAACGGGCAGCCAAAGAACUGUUCAGCGCUCUGAAGGACCCCAGCGUGGUCAUCAUGUCUGACUGGUUAAAGAUCCGUGGCUCCCUGAAGAGCUGGACCAAGCUGUGGUGUGCCCUGAAGCCUGGGGUCCUCCUGGUCUACAAGACCCCCAAGGCAGACCACUGGGUGGGCACCAUCCUGCUCAACGCCUGCGAGCUGAUCGAGAGGCCCUCCAAGAAGGACGGCUUCUGCUUCAAGCUCUACCACCCUCUGGACAAGUCUAUCUGGGCCAUCAAGGGUCCCAGAGGAGAGAAUGUUGGCUCCAUCACCCAGCCUCUGCCCAGUAACUACUUGAUCUUCAGAGCUGCCUCGGAGUCCGAUGGCCGGUGUUGGAUGGAUGCUCUGGAGCUGGCCCUCAGCUGCUCCAGCCUGUACAAGCUGACUACUAAGGCAGGCAAGGACUGUGACGUCAGCACCUCGUCAGAGUCCUCGCACAUCCUCCACCUGCUGCAGUCCACUCCUCUCACAGACGCAGAGCUACUGCAGUUUAAUGAGUCCCUGCUAGGAAACCACCACAUGGAGAAUGACGGCUCCUCUGACAAAUCAGAGCGUGAAGCUCACGAGGACUGGGACACAGCAGCCAAUGAGAACGGAAGGCUGACGGAGGAGAGCGACAUGGACCAAUCAGACGAGCUGUCUCCUGGCCUGCAGGCCACAGCCUACGUGGAGCAAGGCCAGGAGGAGAUGGCCGAGGCCGGAGAGGCGUCGCAGGUGGAGACUGUGUCGGAGGAGAACAAGGGUCUGAUCUGGACCCUGCUGAAGCAGCUGCGGCCAGGCAUGGACCUGUCCAAGGUGGUGCUGCCCACCUUCAUCCUGGAGCCCCGCUCCUUCCUCGACAAGCUCUCAGAUUACUACUUCCACGCCAGCCUGCUCUCACAGGCUGUGUCGGAGGAGAGUCCGUACGGCAGGAUCAAACAGGUGGUACGCUGGUACCUGUCUGGCUUCUAUAAGAAGCCCAAGGGUCUGAAGAAGCCGUAUAAUCCCAUCCUGGGUGAGACGUUUCGCUGCUGCUGGCUCCACCCCCAAACAAAUAGCUGCACCUUUUACAUCGCAGAGCAGGUGUCCCAUCACCCUCCCAUCUCUGCCUUCUACAUCUGCAACAAGAAAGAUGGCUUCUCUAUCAGUGGCAGCAUCCUGGCCAAGUCCAAGUUUUACGGGAACUCUUUGUCGGCCAUCUUGGACGGCAAGGCCAGACUGCUUCUGCUGGGCAGAGAGGAGGAGUAUGUCAUCACCAUGCCCUACGCACACUGCAAAGGUAUCCUGUACGGCACCAUGACUCUGGAGCUGGGAGGAAAGAUCACUAUCGAGUGUGAGCAGACCAGAUAUGCAGCCGAACUCGAGUUCAAGCUCAAGCCCUUCUUAGGAGGAGCCUCCUCAACCAACCAGAUCUCUGGAAAGAUCCACAUGGGGGAGGAGCUACUGGCCACAGUGGAUGGUCAUUGGGACGGCGAGGUGUUCCUGCAGGACAGGCGUUCAGGGCAACAGGAGAUGCUGUGGAACCCAACUCCAGAGGUCCGCAGGACCAGACUCAAGAGACAGGUGGUCCAGAUCGACCAGCAGGGGCCUUUUGAGUCCGAGAGACUGUGGCAGCACGUCACCAGUGCCAUAGUGGAGCGGGACCAGAACCGGGCCACCCAGGAGAAGUUUGUCCUGGAGGAAGCUCAGAGGACGGAGGCCCGCGACCGCGGAGACAAGCCCUGGAGCUCCAGACUCUUCUGCCUGGACCCCGACACACAGGAAUGGACCUACAGACACAUGGACACCAGGCCCUGGGACCCGGAGACCUGCCUGGUCCAGUUUGAGAAAGAUGGGCUGAUCCAGACCCAGGAGAGGAGCCAGAGACGCCACGACGGCCUGCCCUACAGCCACACCUGGGCCAGCCAGCAGAAGGCCCAGCUGAAUGGGCAGCACAGGAAGAGCAGCAGUCAGCCGUCCAGCUGCAGCCAGAACACUGAGAGCAGCAGCACCACUCCUGAACCCACACAUGAGUCUUCUGAUAACGAGGGGUUCCUGAAUCAGUGUUCACGUUGCAACAAGGAAGUGAAGGACAUAGCUGGGAUAGAGGCCUCCAUUGUGUCCAUACAGAGCACACAGCAGGACAUGCAGAGGAACCUGGUGUCUCUGAGCCGGCAGCUUUCUCGUCAGCGUGCGUCCGAGGACAGCGUGACUCUCACGGGCCGCCACUGUCUCAUCCUGUGUGUCCUCCUGCUCUCUCAGCUCCUCCUCAACUACGUCUUCACCUGAGCGCACGCACACACACACACUAACUGACUGUAAUCACGAACACUGGGAGGUGGGCGUGGCUGGGGACUGGGGGCUGCACAGAGACAGAUAAAGACUGGUCUCCAAUCAGCGUCUAAAGACUGACCCCCCUCCCCCCACCGCCCCCACCCCCCCCCCCUCUCUUUCUCCUCACACUUACAACCCCCCUUUCCCCACCACCACCACCACCUCCUAGAAGGGGGAGGAGCCUGGGCGCCACAGCAAUAACCACAGCCACCACCACGUCCCUGCUGUGUGGACGUGGACUGAGACAGCAGAUGAUUCGUGCACUUUGGACUGAGCUAGAGCACACUGUCUUGGACCUGCUCGUUUUUAUAUGAACAAGAAGAAUGACAGGGAGUGAUGGGAGUUUCUGCCCAGAUGAUCCAUCACUCCUUUGUACAUGGAUGUGUUCUUUUAUACUCCCCGCAAUACUGUUGACGUGUAUGUGUGUGUGCCUGUGUGUGUGUGUGUGUGUGUGCGUGUUGUUUGUAAAAUAGGCCCUAUGGGCACAAGCUAGAUGAACAGCAUUGGUCUCUUCCUAGUCCACUUCCUCUGAAGUGUUGGGGGAUUACCGCUGAAGCCAAACAGAAGAGUCGGGACAAGGGUCAAGAAGCAUCGCAAAUACAGAGAAAAGGAUGAGAGAAAAAAUAUAUAAACAAAACUUCCAUCAGUGCAAUUCUGUGUUUUUGUCUAGAUAGACUCUCACACACAUGCCGUCUUGUCUUUUAAUGAGGAGGAUUUUACCAAAACAGUAUUUAUAAUCCAUGAGGACAAAAGAGUAUUUGUUUACAGGGGUGUGUUUAUAUUGACAUCUAUAAACAAUAUUGAGAAAGAGAUUCAAACAGAAUUGUGUGUGUGUGACGACCAUCAGGGAGCGGCUUCGAGCAUGACCCAAGUUGGGGUCACAUGACAUCUAGUGUGGGUCACAUGACUAAUGUGGGUCACAUGACAUCUAGUGUGGGUCACAUGACUAAUGUGGGUCACAUGACAUCUAGUGUGGGUCACAUGACUCUAGUGUGGGUCACAUGACAUCUAGUGUGGGUCACAUGACUAAUGUGGGUCACAUGACAUCUAGUGUGGGUCACAUGACUCUAGUGUGGGUCACAUGACAUCUAGUGUGGGUCACAUGACAUCUAGUGUGGGUCACAUGACAUCUAGUGUGUACAAUCAGGGAUGAUGGAAUGACUGCUGGUGGAGGAGAAAAAAAGGAAGAAGAUUACAAAAAAAUAAAGAAAUACAAAUGAAGUUCUAAGAUAAAGGGACUGUUGCAGCUGUCCAGUGGGUUGUGUCUGCACUUUCCAAGACCUGUUUUAAAUGUCAAACACUUAGUCAUUUGGUUUAUUUUGAUCAAAGUUUAAAUGUGUAUAUAAUCACGUGGAGCACGCACACACAUUGUGUUACCAAAUUCAGAAUGUAUUUAUUGGGUGAUUGACUUUAAUGUUGAUGAUCUGCAGAGGUAGCUGGCUGAGGAUGGCACCUCCCACCGUGCGGUCAUUAGGGCAGCAUGUGUGCGUGCUUGAAAAGACCAAACUGACUUUCUGAUUGGUUGUCGGGAGAACGGCCCACUGUUGAACCGCCCAAUGGGAAUAGAGAGAGAGAGCUCACGAGGAAGGCGACUAUUUGAAUGCUUCUAUUCACUUUGUUUUUGUUUUCACUUUUGUUUGUUAGAAUGAUCUAAGCGGGCAUGUGAAUGCUCCAUGUUUGUGUUGGUAUACUGUAGCACUACAGUAAACAUUAAGACACAGUGACGAA